CUCAUUUCCGUGUUUCGCGUGUCGACGCGUUCUCUGCGAACACCAUUCUAAACAAAAUUAAUCACUACACGUCGAGAUAUCGCAGAUCGACAAAACUAUGACGCCGUGGGCUAGCGAUACGGAUGUACUCAAGGCCAUCUCCGCCGAAGAUGCGCGCUCCAUCCUGAUCUUCCUCUGCAAUGAUUCCCGGGUCUGUCAGAAGGCAACCUCGUUAGCCGCGAAGUUUCUAUCUGUGUCCGCUCGCAAACGCAAAGCUGAGUACUCGGUCGCCAUUUGCGUUCAGUGCGACGAUGUCUUCGAACCCGACCAUAAUAUCACGAAAGAUUGCCAAUACCACUCCGGCACUCUAGAAGUGGACUAUGAGGGGGAUUUUUGGGCCGACCACGACGAGAACUGUCACGGGAUAAUAGACACAAAGGAGAUGCGUGAGGAAUACCCCGAAGGCUUUCGGUGGACCUGCUGCGACAAGCUUGGCUCGGCACCGGGGUGCAGGCGCAGUCGUCACCGGGCGGAUCCAUACAAAUCAACGAAAGGGUCUGAACUGUCCGAAUCUGAGGAGGAAGUAGUUGAACAGGACGAGGAUGGUAAUUCUGAGGAGGAGGAGGAUGACGACAACGAAGGCGGUGAAUGAAUCCUAGCGGCCACCAUCUCCGAUUAAUUGAAAUGUGUCAUCAACUCGCUAUGUGAUCCAGGCUCUGUUUACAGUAGUAACUGUCACGAUGGCAUUCC